AUGCAAAAACAUAUAGAUAGCAGAACCUCAUGGAGCUUUGAUGUUAGCUAUAUGAAUGUGGCUGCAUCUUCUAUCUAUGGUUAUGCAAUAGUGGUCCCCGUGGCAUACUACUUCUUCCUUCAGUAUAUGGGUUCAAAUGCUAGCCUUAUAAGGUUUUGGUGCAUGUGGGGAUAUUCUCUUUCCAUUUUCAUCAUCUCUUCGUUCUUGUUGAUGAUUCCAUUUGAGAUUCUUUGGUGGAUCAUAAUGCUCCUUACCGGUGUUGCGGCAGCUAACUUUAUUGCCCUAAACUUGAGAUCUUAG